CAGCCCCUGCAUAGAACAUUGCCUCCCUGACUCACUGUUCUGUCCCUUGCCUCACUAGAAUGUCUUGAGGAGGGUGGCCAGUCUACCUUUAGUCAACUCUGCCUGUGAUCUGGCUGCCACUGCCUAUGCUUCCACCAAGGAGAGCCACCCUUAUGUGAAGUCCAUCUGUGACAUGGCAGAGAAGGGAGUGACCUCCAUAACCAGUGCUGCAGUUAGCAGUGUACAGCCAGUUGUAACUAAACUUGAACUGGAGUUGACAACAGCGGAGGAGGGUGUUUCUGAAGUACCUGACAAAGUGGAGGAGAAUCUACUAGUCCUUCAACAGACUGCUGAUGAGCCUACAUCUGAGACACAGGAGCUGGCCUCUCCCAGACUGACAGAUGUCAAGGAGACCAUGAUCAGAGUGGUAGAUAUGACCAAAGAGGCUGUGCAGGACAGUAUGAAGACCACCAAAUCAGUGGUAACUGACAGCAUGAGCACAGUUGUGGAAUCAAGAAUGGGCCAACUGGCCAUAAGUGGAAUGGAAGCAGUGCUGGAGAAAUCUGAAGAGCUCUUGGAUCACUAUCUGCCCAUGACAGAGGAUGAACUAGCUGAACUUGCUGAAGCUGUGGAAGGGGCUGAAGUGUCUUCAUCACAACCACAAGAGCAUCGGAGUUACUUCGUGCGUUUAGGUUCCCUGUCAACCAAACUUCGCCAACGUGCCUACCGCUACUCCCUGAACAAGAUGAGACAUACCAGUCAAAGCAUCAGAGAGGCUCUUUGCCAGCUUCAUGAAACCAUGGGACUGAUUGAAUACCUUAAGCAAGGUGUGUCUCUUCAAGAAGUCCAGGAGAAGUUCCAUCACAUAUGGCUGAGCUGGAAUAGAGAGCAGCCAAAAAGCAGUGACCUCAAGGAUUUGGCAAAACCAGAGAUGGAGUCUGAGACUUUGGCCAUAUCCCGCAGCAUUAUCCAGCAGCUGCAGGAUGCCUGCUGGAUGCUAGUAUCCAGCAUUCAAGGUCUCCCCACCAGCUUUCAGGAUAAGGUGAAGCAGAUGUAUCGCAACAUGGAAGAGCUUCAUGCAUCCUUCUCCACUGCCCACUCCUUCCAGGAUCUCUCCAGCAGCCUCGUAACCCAGAGCCAGGAGAUGGUGACCAAGGCCCAGGAAUAUGUAGAUGAGCUGAUGACAUACAUGAUGGAGAAUACUCCUCUGUCUUGGGUGGUGGGACCAUUCAUCCCAUCUGGUCUCCAAGAUUUUGGAGUAACUUUUUGUGGUGAGACUAACUUUGGGGUUUCAUCUGACUGGAACACCUCUUCAAAAGCCAAAUAAGAAAUCAAAGUAGUGAUACUGUGGAGAUACUGGCAAGAAGAAUAACAAAGCUGUUGAAGCCUUCUUUGGAAACAUGAUAAGGAAGCAAAAAGGCACACCCAAUUUUUAAUAAAUGCCUCUGGCAAGUCACAUCAAACUAGCAAGAUAAGUACUCUUACCUUGGCUACUAGACCUCAUAGUUAAAUAGAUCCCUGCAGUGGAUACCCAGGCUCUUGAAGUAGCUUGAUUUAAUUUGAGUCUUCAGCCCACAGAGACUUCUAUUGUCAAUAU